GAAAAGUAGUGCUCAUUCCUAGUUGAUUUGGUUUAUACAUGUCAAUAAUAUUGUCAGCAGACAUUUUGGAUUUUUAACUGAUAUGACCGAUUAGGCCGCAGAUGGGGUGACGAUGGCAGAGCAAAAAUAUUUAAUGUUGGUAUCGCUUUUGAUCCUGUUAAUAACAGAUCACAGCAAAGGUGCGAUUGACUUCUGUUACCAUACGGAUCCAUGUACCGAAAGUGUGCCAACAUUAGAUGUGUUCGGACGUUCUACAAACUGUCCCUAUUAUGGCCGGAAUGGUUUAUGUGACUCUAGUCUAACUGAGGCGUGGUAUAGGACGGAUACUCCCAUGGUCAACACGUGUCCAGAACAGUUGAACAUAUGUGGUACCUAUUAUCCAGUCUAUCUGAAUGGCAGUGAGCCGACAGUAAGUGACGGUAUGGUGACUUCAACAGCCUGUAUGAAAGGGUUCACCGGGUGUUGUGAAGAGGUGUACAAUAUCGUGCUGAAGAAUUGUUCAUCAUUUGUAGCAUACUGUUUACAACACACGAAAGGGUGCGCAGAGCGGUAUUGCUUUGGCGAUACAGGAGCUUGUCCUACAACAACGACAACCACGACGACGACGACGAUGACUACGACAAUGACGACGAUGAGAUCGUCUCCUGCAUCGGUAGACGAUACCGGCGGCUUGUCGACUUCGGCCAUUUUUGGAAUCAUAUUUGUUGCAAUAUUCUGUGUCUUCGUCGUCCCCGGAGUUGUUUUGCUGCUAUGGCAUUAUCGGAAAGCAGGCAAACGUCUCUGUCCAGGAUCAAGUGAGAUACCUUCAAACAAAGUGACCAGUUCACAGACAUUUAUUAUGUCAAGUGCAGAUGUAUAUUAAAUGACAUAUGGCCCCUUGCCAAAUUGUUCCGAAAUUCAAAAUUCUGCUUUAGGUAAAGUGUUUGCUGUAUCCCUUACACUCAUAAGUCAAGUAUAUUAAACUACGAAUAAAUGUUCCUGCAUUAGACUCUUCACUCCGAUUAAAAUGUGCUGAAUUUUUAAACCAAUGUGAUCUUCAUUUUUUUGUCU